GCAACUUUCAACUCACUACCUAACGAGGUUCUGAUGACAAUCGCCGAAUUUACUUCCUACCAAUCAACUCGUACAGAGUAUCACCAACAUUUGGCAGCGCUAGCUCUCACAAAUCGACGCCUACACCAAGUUUGCAAUCCAAUUUUAUAUCGUACCGAGAGAGAUCUGGACCAGCCAAGCGUGGUGGUAUGGGCGGCUGCAAACGAUCGGAUCGAGACGCUCGAGAAGGCCGUUUUCUUUCGGUUGGAUCUUAAUGCUCGGAAGCCUGGCUUAUAUUCAAGCCUCUAUAUUGCGGUUAAAUAUCGGAAUGAAUUGAUUGUAGCUUGGCUCCUAGACCAUGGGGCUGCUGUCGAUAUUGAGCCAGUGAUAGAAUCUCCCUGCGCUGUUGACUCGAACUUCUCUCCAUUAUUUCUAGCCCUUAAUCAAGGUCAAUCUUCUGUGGCUAAUCUGUUAAUCGAGAGAGGUGCAUGCCUUACGUUCUCUGUACCUGAGUUUAGAACCAAUAACACGAGUUACGAAUGGGGUGAUGUCCGGUAUUCUCCCUCGGACAGGUAUCGCGAAUUGAACUCAGCCAUCUCUACUGCCUCUUCUUUCGGUCUAAUCUCUGUCAUAAGAUAUUUGAUACAGUACAAGGCUAUGGAUAUAAACACGCCCGAGAGCAACGGACGCAUAUGCUUGCAUCAUGCAAUCAUGGCCAAACAAGACUGGGCGAUGAUCAAGGAAUUAAUCCAGCUUGGUGCUGAUAUAAAUUGGAACACCGCGGACGGAUUAUGUAGUCCCCUAAGUUGCGCCAUCCAGAUGGGAAAUUUCACAAUUGCGCAUGGAUUGAUCGAUGCCGGAUCUCGCAUCAACACCUCAUUUGUUCCUCGUCUAGGACUGUUACAUAUAUGCACCUGGGAUACAUGCAGAUUUUUUGACCAGGAACUCGCCCAGCAGCAGGAGUCAGACAAGGACACAUUAUUAAAGAAGCUCAUCGACCUUGGAGCGGAUGUGAAUGGGUUAGAUGUGGAAAACCAAGCCAACACACCAUUAAAAGAGGCAUUUGUUAACGGCACUUUGGACGCAAUGCUCAUACUUAUCCAAGCAGGCGCAGAAGUGGACAUGGAAAUAGUCCUGGAGUGGAUAGAUGGAGAUAGAGUGUGGGUGACGGAUGAGUAUGUGAAAAAGGCAAUUAUGCUGAUGGACCAUUGCCCUCGACUUGACUUGCGUUGCCAGCAGAAUAUAACUAUUCUUGAGAAUACACUCACGCGAUGUAUAGCUGUUAACCAGUUUAUCAUACUAGACAUCAUGUUGGGCUACGCGACGAAACAGAAUUUAUCAACCGAAUAUCUCGAUAAUUUGCUAGAAGCUGCGAUUGAGAGCAGAUUUUUUAAAUGCUGCAUGUUACUCCUGGAGCAUGGUGCAAGAGGGAAGAAUGGCGACUCAAUGGUUUCUUGGCUUGAAUAUGAAAUUGACUUGCGAAGGGAGAUCAAAGAUUACGACUCUUCCUCGGACGACUCAGAUUUUCAAUCGCUUAUGGUCAUGUUCAUGGACUUGAACUUGGGGUUCGAGAUUGAAAGCAGGGUGCUUAUGAAGGCCUUAGAGUAUCGGGAUAGGGAUGCGGUUUACGUUCCCCUAAGCCGCGGCAUGACCGGACGGUGUCAAGGUCGCUGCGAUCCAAACAAAUGGCUCCAAGAAGCCGCCUCUUGGGGUCAUGUAGGCGUUAUGCGUAGGCUGUUACGAGGCUCACCAGAUGUUAAUGGAUUUGACGAUGAAAAUGAGCUACCUCUAUCGCGGGCCAUUAGAGGUGGGCAUCGGGAAUCGGCCCUGUUGCUAAUGGGAUACGGGGCGGAUGCGUACCUUUGUAAAACGAUCCACAUUGGUGAAAAGACGGACCAAACCCUGAAACCUAUACAGCAUGCAGUCCGGUAUGGGGAUGUUAGGAUGCUCAAUGCUAUAAUAGACGAACAGGCAGGGUCACUUUCGGAAGAAGAGGCUUGGGUUCCUGCCGUGUUGGCAUCUGCUCCAGAGAUUGCUCAAGUUGUUAGCGCAAGGCUUCUUUGACUACCUAGGUCCUAGGUACUACCUUGGCAUAUCGGAUGCAAGAUGCUUGGAGUUAUUUUCGAUGCUUUUAUCUUGGGUAGUUAAAUCUUCUCUUUUGUAGAGUGGUUCAUUUAUCCUCUUUAUAAUUAUCGUUCACAAGAGUCAAGACCAAGACCAAUUUGACAUCUCAACUUUUCAAUACAUUCGUUUGGUAGUCCUGCACAAGAUUUGAUGAUGUGGUAGAAGCUGCUUGAAGUAUAAUAAAUAUAGAUGUAGCCCUGAU